ACCAUCCAUCAUCUCCAAAGCGUACUGUCAACCUUUUCCAUUUCCACAAAAGCCCUAAUUUCAAAACUUUUUUUUGGACAAUUGCACAACCACUUAUCCAAACUCUCUAUACUUCUCUCUCAAGUACUUCCAGCUGCAUUCACUUUUCUAGGUAAAAAGGAAUGAAAGCUAACUCCUCACUCUAGAUUUCCAGUUUUCUACCAAUCUAUUUGAACAAACAAAACUUGCAAAAGCAAAGCAAGUCACUUCACUUGAUCAUCCACUUUUUCUAGCUUUUUUCAUGCUUAAAGAUCCACCCAUCACAAAUCUUGAUCUACACCCACAUGCCAUCUUUUUCAUCUUCAUCUAUAACAAGUUUACCACUUUAAGAAUCUUGAUCAAACCCUAGUCAACACACACAAUUAGGGUUUGUUCUUUCUUCAAUAUAUAACCCUAUUUAACUUAGAUCUCUCUCUCUCUCUCUCUUUUUGCCCUUAAUUAUACAUCAAAAUCACAUCAAAAUGGAUAAAUACCACUCUUUUACCAUGGAUGAUGUUGUUCCACAACUACAAGAAGUUGACUCCACCAUCACCACAAACUUUAGCACAAACAUGUUGUCUCCAACAUCCUCUUCUUCUUGUUCAUCUUAUUCAUCUUCUUCAAGCUCUUCAACCGCCACCACUCUCAGCCGCUACGAGAACCAGAAACGCCGUGACUGGAACACCUUCGGGCAGUACCUCCGCAACCACCGCCCGCCGUUGACUCUUUCCCGGUGCUCCGGUGCACAUGUUCUUGAGUUUCUCCGGUACCUUGACCAGUUUGGCAAAACAAAAGUCCACACACAACUUUGUCCAUUCUUCGGUCACCCUAACCCUCCGGCACUCUGCCCGUGCCCUCUCCGGCAGGCCUGGGGCAGCCUUGAUGCUCUCAUCGGCCGGCUCCGGGCAGCCUAUGAAGAGAACGGUGGGAAGCCGGAGACUAACCCGUUUGGUGCUCGAGCUGUGAGACUUUAUCUACGUGAAGUUAGGGACUCUCAAGCUAAAGCUAGAGGGAUCAGUUAUGAGAAGAAGAAGAGAAAACGGCCACCGCAGCUGCCACCACCACCACCGCCACCACCGACGGAGCUUUCUUGAUUCAUCAAGUUAGAUGCUUUCUAGUCAUAAUAAGUUAAUGGUUAAUACCCAUUGUUAAAUUAAAUAAUGGGUAUAAAACUUUGUAUUUUAAAUAUUCAACUCUUUGGUAAUUUCUUGAAAAUGGUUUCC